CCCAUUUAUACCUGUUUGUACCAUCUAGCUCGAGGCAGUAACAAUAAUUAUUUGUUGUUGUGGGCUUGACUCAUGAUCCGGUCGUCUGAUCUCGUCGGGAGGAAAAGAACAUGUGGAAAGUGGGGGAUGCCCCCCGGAUUAAACUCCGAUGAUCAAGUCAGUAUAUAGUUUAGAGUGAGUUCAGAGAGUAAUGUAGAGAGAUAAAGUGUAGAGAGAGAGCCAAGGUGAAAAGUGAGGGAAGAGAAGAAGUGCCCCCUACCCCCUCUUGGAGGGUUUCAUACCAUAUAUACUCGUAGCGGGUUUCGAGCGUCAUACCUUAUCGAUUGGACGCGCUAUUACUUAGUUUGUGCGCGGAGUAUCUUAGUAACACCCCCAACAAUUGCCCUUCCUCCCCCCCCCCCCCCCCUCAAGCUAGUGGUGAGUUUUAACUCAUCGCUAGCUUAUUAUUUUUUUUUUAAAUCUUCAUCGAUAAUUUUGGAUGGAGCCCUAUGCAGCCCAGCUUCCCCCCCAGCUGGUGGCGCGUUUGGCUGAAGCGGUGCCAGCUUCCUUCGUCAUGCCCCCCUGUUGGUGUAUUUCAUUAAGCCGUUGAGCACUCUUCUAUUGGAAUUAUUCACACACACACAAGUGUGCCCUCUUUCAUUGGUACGCUUGUGAUAGCCGCACGAUUACGUUACGGGGUUACCGCGCACGUUUAGUGUCCUUUAUUGGAGAUAGAGUUAGUUGAACACUCUCAUAUUGUAGAUUUACCAAUCCUCUUAUCGAAGUCUUAUUUGUGUGCUUUCAGUCGAGUCUUACAUGAAUGGAGGUAGUCGAGCUCUCCCAUAUUGUAGAUUCACCAAUGCUCUUAUCGAAGUCUUAUUUGUGUGCUUUCAGUCGAGUCUUACAUGAAUGGAGGUAGUCGAGCGCUCCCAUGUUGUAGAUUCCCCAAUGCUCUUAUCGAAGUCUUAUUUGUGUGCUUCAGUCGUGUCUUACAUGAAUGGAGGUAGUCGAGCGCUCCCAUAUUUGUAGAUUCACCAAUGCUCUUAUCGGAGUCUUAUUUGAGUGCUUCAGUAGAGGCUUACAUGAAUGGAAGUAAUCGAGCGCUCCCAUAUUUGUAGAUUCAUCAAUGCUCUUAUCGAAGUCUUAUUUGUGUGCUUCAGUCGAGUCUUACAUGAAUGGAGGUAGUCGAGCACUCCCAUAUGUGUAGUCGAGCGCUCCCAUAGCGGCAGUGAUGUUAUUAUUUUUUAUGAGCUAAGUGCUUAUUGGGCUUGGUGGGACUGCAACACUUGUACGAAGCGGGCCGAGGGACGGGUUGGGCCUCGAAAGGCGGAUCGGAAUGGUGGACAUGGGCCAAGAGUGGAGUCAUGUCCGCUUGUUGGAUCCGCUCCCUGAUUUGAAGCUAGUUGUUGCUGGUGGAGCGGGCCGCAAAUGAGGCGCAAAGGGAGAUGGGGCGCGGCGCCAGUUGAUUAUAGUUUCUAUAUAGGGUAAAGUCUAUAUAGGUUUGGAGUGUUGUAGAUGGAUUGGAGUAUAGUAUGGAUAUAGUUUUCACACUCUAAGUGCACAUGAGUUGAGUAUGAAUACCCAUUUACUUGAGUUUGUUUUAACUACACAUAAAAAAUUGAACCUAUCUGUAAAAAUUAAUAAGUUGAGGUAUCAAAAUGAAAUUCACAAAAAUUUUAUGUACCAAAGUGUGUUUUUCAUAAAAUGUUUAAAUUUAGAUACUAAAUCCAACAUCUUUUCAGUUUAGCUACCAAAUCAUAAUUUUCAUAUGUAUAUGGGUACAAACCCAGAUUCAUAAAUUAAAAAUCCAACCCAAAUAAGCAGAGAUGCGUAUAAACCUAUCAAACUCUAGCCAUUUAUUUUGUAUUUGAGUUUCAUACUCAACCCAAUUGAAUUGGAUAAGGAGAUACUUAUGAAUUUGGACAAAAUUGUGAUCCUAACUCACUAUCCUAAUAGUUACCUUUGCUAUUUCUUAGUACCAUCCUAAUCCUUCUCGUAGUCGUUAAUUUGGUUCUCCUUUCCAUCUCAUGGUAUGCAUUUACUCAUGAUAUGAGGAAAGCAGAAUUUCCAUAAUAUGAGGACUCUUACAAUAGGAUUCAUACCAAGCAAGAGCCACCUUUCAGGAAAGUUUGAGAACUUUCACCCCAGGACCAAACAAAGAUCGCUCGAACUCUUCCCAACCAGCCUAUACCUUGUACACAUGUUCUCCAUCAACAUGGUGACGAGAAUCUUGAUAGCAGCUGAAGUAUCGUAUACUCAAAGCACCCAUAGGAUUGAGGGAGAGUGAUUUCAAAGUGAGAAUGAGAGUGAGAGCUUAUGAAUAUUCUCGUGGCUUGGCUUAAAAAAACAUUUUAAACAAAAUGGCAAUAACCACAAAAGAAACAAUUUAGUUCAAAUAGCACCCAUUUUCCUCAAGCGAGGCUUUGAUUUCUAAAAUUGAGUUCCCAUUAUACUUUUCAAAAUGAGAUUUUUCAAACAUUGUUUGCAAUCUUCUUAAGUCAAGAUAGGUAAAAGUUGCACUUUGUUCCGAAGAACAGAAGGCAAAGAACAUAUUCUCAAGGGAAAGAUAGUGCCACAGAAAAAAGUGGUUAUCCAAACCCCUUAAAUCAUGAUUAGACGGGAAACCUCAUUGAUCUUGAAUCAUUUGUUCCAGCUACCCAAUCUGUCAAUCAAACUAUCCUUCAACUAAAUAUUUUUUUUACCUCAUACCUCUCGGUGAAAUCAAUCAAGCAUGUCUAGAAACCGACAUCAAAAAGACAAUACCCCGAGAUGAAAAAUUCCUCUUAGCCAAGCAUGACAUACUCGCAUAGCAAGAAUAUCAAUCAAACUAAAAGAGCACGUUAUCCGAGGCCACCAUGCUACAAAUGCCUCCUACAAAAUCAACCUACCAAUAAGAAGAUUGUAUGGCUAACACACCAGCCACGCAAGCACCGAGGUCCAAGGUGGAGAAAGCAGAGGAUCAACCUUUUAUUAGUCCCCAAAAUGACAUGCAUUGGCCUCAUUGAGGAGACAAAGAGGAAACACUAUAUGGCAAGCCCAAUACCUCGAGAUGAUGACUCACGCUUGAAGGAAGAAAGUACCUACUGGAGACACCCAUGCUGCUCCAGCGUGAGCACAACUAAGGAGCAAGUUCAGUAAAAGAAUGACGUAGUUCCUUGUGGAUGAUCGUUUUAAGAGAAUCCAUGAAAAAAAUAUCAAAGCCAUUAUUAAGGGUCUUACUCUUCCCUUUGCAUAUUUUUCAAGACAUCAUCAUAUAACUCCUCAUAUAUGCAUAUACAUCAAACAUAUCGCAUGCGUCAUUUAUUAGAUGACUAAUUACAAGAAAUUCAAAGAUAAAUAUUAAUAUUUAUUAGUGGGCAUAGCUUUCCAUCAACAUAUCUCACCGCGACAUUGCAACACAUCAUAUCAAAAAAUAUCUUGCAUUUGCACAUCAUAUUGACUUCAAAUUCAAAUCUUUACCAAUAUCAAGUUUGGCACAUACCUAAGAUCUACCUAAGACUCUACCAAUUGCUUGUUUCAACCACUCAUGUCAAGCACAAAAAAUCUAUACCGCUUGUGAUCAAGUUAAACUUUCACAUAUCCUCGUGAAUUUUACCAUCAUGAUACACAUGAUCAAACAGGCUAUGCCGCCACGAAAAAAUUCAAAUCAAGCUAUAUCGCCACGAACAAAAACCUCGUUUAGGCUAUACUGCCAUGGGAACAAGAUAGAACCAAAUCAGGCUAAACCGCCAUGGAUAAAAAAUCCCGAAUCAGGCUCUACCACCACGGGGCCACAAUACCCAAAUCAGGCUAUACUGCCAUGGGAACAAGAUAACCAAAUCAGGCUAUACCGCCACGGGACCACAAAACCCAAAUCAGGAUAUACCGCCACGGGACCACAAAACCCAAAUCAGGCUAUACCGCCAUAUGAACAAGAUAAAACCAGUUCAGGCUAUACCGCCACUCGACCACAAGUAAACCAACACAAGCUAUACCGCCAUACAAAAAAAAACAACAUGGGCUUCAUCGCCACACAAACACUAUACUAAAAAACAAAAGUAGGUUAUACCGACAUACGAAAAUCAAAGCAGGCUAUACCGUCAUACAAAAACCAAAAUCAGGCUAUAACUCCAUGGAUAAAAACACAAAUCAGGCUAUACUGCCACAAGAAGCACACCCAAACCAGGAUAUAUCGGGGCUAGAAAAUCCAAAUCAAGCUAUACCGCAUGAGAGAUAACAUACCCUAAUCAGGCUAUACUGCUAUGGGAGCACACCUAAAUCAAGCUAUACCACCAUGGGAACAGAAACUCUAAACCAAUCUAUAAUGCCACAAGAGCAAACAAACCCAAAAUCAUUGCUAUAUCACACUGUUUCUCUCACAUAUAUUCCAUAACACGACAUUAUAAUUCAUUAACAUUACUCAUCCCAUGAUUGUCUCGCAAAAUACUCUCAUACUCAUUAUCACCAUGCAUUUAAAUGUCUAGCAUGUCAUAUCCCGGACAACCCCAGAGCUUCGCCGUCAAUAAAUGUUUAGCAUGUCAUACCCUGAACAAUUUGAUUGCAUUGCUAUUAACAUAUCUAGCUUGUCAUAUCCCGGACAACCCAUCGCAUUGCCAUCAAUAAAAGUUCAGCCCGUCAUAUACCUGAACAUCUUGAUUGCAUUGUCAGUAAAAAUGUCUAGCGUGUUAUAUCCUGGACAACCCUAUAGCAUUGUCAUCAAUAAAUGUUUAGUAUGUCAUACCCCGAACAUCGUGAUUGCAUUGUCUAUUAAAAUCUCUAGCGCGUUAUAUCCCGGACAACCCUAUAGCAUUGCCAUCAAUAAAUGUUUAGCAUGUCAUAUCCCGAACAUCUUGAUUGCAUUAUUUGUAAAAAUGUCUAGCGUGUUAUAUCCCGGACAACCCUAUAAUUGCCACCAACAAAAGUUCAACUCGUCAUACCCCGAACAAUGUGAAUAUAUUUUUUUUAUUUCAACUUGUUAUAUCCCGGACAACUUGAGUGCUUUCUUAUGCCAUCGUUCAAUUUGUUUAGCUAGUUUUAUCCCAAACAACUUGAAUGCAUCAUCAUAACCAAACAAUUGACCCGUCACUAUUAGUGACAAAAUGCGGUGUCUUAAAAAGAGCUUUGUAUACCUCACGAUACCAAGAGAUAUACGAAGGGGGGCAACUGUAGACACCACUUUUUGUCCGGGCUAAAACAUAUAUUUAAUUAAAUCUAUUUAGUUUUUAUUUAAGGUUUGCAAUAGCAAAUCAUAUUUUUUGUGCUGGGAAUGGGUAUUGUUUGCCAUAACUCGAUUGAGAUUAAGCAAUAGCAAAUCUCGAUCGAUGUAAUUUGAUAGUGAGAGUUGACCUGUUUAGCUCCGAUUGGACAAAAUAAGCAUUCGCUCAAUUCAUUUAUCACGUGAAUUGAGAUGUCAGAUUGGUACUUAAGACAUUGUGUUUGCCAAAAUUGGACCUCGACUUUUGAAACGAUAAAAGAAAAAUAACAAAGUAAACUUUUCUAUUUUUCAAAGUAUCAAUAAAUAAAAAUUACAUUACAAGCCUAUUACAAUCAGUUCUAUAGGAGUGCUUAACAUAAAUAAAAGUACAAACCCAUUUCUAAAAGUCUAUGCCUAGCCCAGCCAAUUUACCCAAUCAACUCGGGCCAGGCCCAUAUCCAGGUCAACAGAAGUCAACUCCAAUCUCACACACCAGACCCAAUGACAGAUCUGGCCCAAACCUAAUCUGAUCGACCAGACGGGUUGAACCAGAGUGACCUGACCAGACCCAGCACCACCGCCUCUAUUUCCCUAUAAAAGGAGGCCCACUCUUCCUCCAAAAGGAUAGAGAGGGACGAUAGGAACGCCACUCAUCAUGUUCUUCAUCUUCCUUUUCCUCUUCUCUUGCCUUUUUCUUAGAAAUACAAACAGAUUUGAAGUGAGACACAGAAAUACAAACUCUCCUCUCUUUCCUUUCUUUUCCCGACAAAAAAACAGCAAAGAGAGAAAAACACGGAGGACUACUGUCCGCUUUUUCUUUUCUUCCCCGCAAAACAGAGAGAGAUCAUUUCCACUUCUUUUCCUUCUCUACUGCCAAAAAUACACAAAAAAGAGACAAAAAUUGCAAACACAGUAGAGAGAGAGGGAACAGACUUCGAAACUCCAGCUCAGCAAAAGACAAGUGAUGACUCAGUAUUUGCACAUGUUUUCCCCUUUGUUUCUUGAUUUUUUGAGCUUGAAUUAUUGCGUAUUUGUCCUAUUUUAUGCUAGGUUGUGUUCCUUUGUCACAUUUCAGGUCCUAGCACAUAAAGUGAAGCAUAGGCGCAAAUUUCAAAUCAAUCAGAGAUCAAUUGACGAUUCGGGAGAAGAAACUCGGGCAUGUCCUGAAGAAGAAUGGAUUUCUACCUCAAUUUAUGGACAAAGAAUCAUGCAAGCUUGUCAUGAAAAGAAAGAGGACGAGACUACGAGCGUCUUGGAUCAAACGGGGACUGAUUCGGAGUCUGGACGAGGGAGAAACGAAGCAUUAAACAGAGGCUGAGCAAGCCACACGGGCAUCCUGGAACUCCACACGGCCGUUUGGGUCGUGGCCGUGUGGAAAUCACCGAGCCUUCACACGGGCAGCUGGGACAGCCACACGGCCGUGUGGCCUGGCCGCGUGAUCGGGAAUUUCUGUUUAAAACUCGAUUUUCAGCCAAAGGAAAUGGGAGAGCUGGGUUUUGGUUCCCAAACACCCAAGGGACGAACCCUAGAGAGAGAGCGACUUGGGAACAUUCUUGGAGCUAUUUUGGAGGAUUUCUUCACCAUUGGAGCUCAAGAAUCAAGCUUGGAGAUGGAGAUGGAGAUGGAGAUUGAAGAUCUAGAUCAGAUUUCUGCAGUCUCUCUCUUCUCUAUGGAGUAACUUCCCUUCACUUAGGUUUUGAGGAACCCUAGUUCCAUGUGUUAGGAUCUUUCUUGUAUGAAGUUUUGGAUGCUAUAUUGUUUGAUUAUAAUCGAUUGAGGCAUGAUAUAUUGAGUCAAUUGAAUCUUGAUCAAAUUCACUUGAUUUCUGCUUUAACCUAUGAUAGAUAGAAUCUGAUUAGGUUAAGAGAGCUUCCUUGAUUGAUGGUGGUGAAUUGGUUAUACGAGAGUUAGUCAAUCUACUACUUUAUACUAUAAUCCAAUUCCGGUAGUGGAGUUCUGUGUUCAUAGCCUCAGCUUUCUAUCCCGGUGAAGGUUAGUCGCCUGCCGGGUAGUUGGACUGAGAGGGCUUGGUCAGCUUAAGAGAUUCCAAGCUACUGUCGGAUCUUCCGCAGUUUAAUCAACAGUAGAUCAACCAAAGGUAAUUGCAACUUGGACCUAAUUGAGGAGCUAGGGGGAAUCAUACCUAAGUGAGUUCACAACUUGUAAUUAGUAGAGUAGUCAGUAGAGUAGUUUAUAAAUCAAUCCUUAAUCUAGUUUGCUAGAUAAUGAACUGAAGCUGAGUAAUAGUAACUCUAGAGACCCGGGGAUUCGAUAUUUAUUACUUGUGCCACUAUACUGCGAUCCCUUUCAUUGGUUACACUUGGCCAUUAUUAGGUGUUGUGUUUUAGCGUGUCAAGUUUUUGGCGCCGUUGCCGGGGAUUUUCUAGAGUAUUAGGAAAGGUAGAAGUUUGUUACUUUAGCGUUUUUCUUUUCUUUUCUUUUCCACCCUUGCUUUUCACUUGGGUGCUUUUGUUUUUGUUGGUGCAGAUCUGAAUCAUGGAUCCUCAUGGCUUCUCCAACAAUUGGGGGUAUCCACCACCACCCGAGUGGUAUUACCCCGAGACUCCCUGGAGCAAUCAAGGAGGAGAAGACUAUGGAUUCGGGUUCCAGUACCAACCCCCUUACUACGGAGAACAACCGGACCCCUGGGCAUAUCAAGAAAAACCUCAUUACCAAGAAGAAUUUCUCCCACAACCACAAGGGCCAUCGACGCUGGAGUUACCCAUGGCGGCCUUUACGGGCCAUUCUGCAAAGCCAUGCUACACUCCACAGCCUGAUCCAAACUAUGAAUUGUGGCUUCUCAUGGAGCAGUUUGCUCGAGACAGUGAGAGAACAUGCUCCAGGAUGGAUCAUUGUGUCCAGGCCUAUCAUGAAACAGAGGAGAUCCUCCUGAGCCUUAAGAAGAGCGUCGAUGAUCUUGAGCGAUCUUGUGCACAACCUGCUCCCGAUCACCCUUCUGCUACCAUACUAGAAGAGGAGGAGGAAGAAGAAGACUACAAAGACAUUGUCGAGCACACUAAAGUUGUCACGGAGAGCUCCCGUGAUGAUCAUGAUCAGGAAUGUCCUUUCAUAGCCGACCACACCUUCCAACAUCCCAAACUGAGCUUUGAAGAGGCGGGCAUGAGUGAGGAGAUGCAAGAAGAUCUCAUGAAAGAAAUUGCUUGGCAGCUUGCUCUCCAAUCCGUGCUAGAAGAAGAAGCGCAAGAAAGGGUGCAGAAAGAAGUUGUGGAGGAUGCCGAAAGUGAAGCAGAAGGAGUUCUUGAUCAUUUCCCAGGGGUGAUACCACAUGAAGAAGAAAGGGAGGUCGAAGAAGCAAUGGGCGUCCAGGCUGAGGACGAAGUUGAGGUGGAAGAGGCUUGCACUGGCUAUGAGUUACUUGUGAUAUCUCCACCAAAUUUCGAGGAGUUGCUUGGCAAGGACCCAUUUGCAGUGUCUCUUUGCCAGACCAAGGCCACAUCGACAUCGGUCCCUCUUGGUGGACGCGAUGGUGGUCAAUCGAUGUUGUCAUAUAUGGUUUGGAGCAAUGAGACGAGAGAAGAUAAGAAGAGGUCUCGAGGAUGGAGACUUCAUCUGCAUCAAGUGCACGAGCUUCCAUCACCAGUCAUACCACAUGCUCGUGACUUGAGACUCCACCUCAUUGACGAGAACCUCAACUUCAAGGAGGUUCUAGCAUGGACCGAAACUUAGGAACCAUCGUCUGGCUCACGACGUGAAAGAAGCGCUUGUUGGGAGGCAACCCAACCAGUCGGUUUGAAUUUCUUUCUCUAUUUCUCCUCGGUUGAGUCAGUUUUGUUAUUUGAUUUUAAAGUCAAUAACUCAACCUUUGUGAGAUUUUGUGUGGUGUUUGCGUUCUGAUUACUCUCUCUUCCUGGAAUGCACCGCCUGACCAGUCCAUCAUCAUUCACCCUGGAUCUGGUAACUUCGUUCUACCCUCCUUAUCUUUCCUCCAUUGAGGACAAUGUCGUGCUUAAGUGUGGGGGUUGUUCGAUUAUGUAUGCGGGUGAAUGUUUGGCUGUUUGUGUGCUUGGAGCCUAGUCCACUGUCCAAAUUUUUAAAUUUGAGGGCUCCAAGUAUGUGUUUCCUUGCAAAUUGCCUGCUCAGUAUGCUUUGAAUCGACUUCUCUAUAGUAAUGUGCAACCUAGGGAGGUAGUGUAGCACUAUGGAGGAGGUUGAAGUAUAAGAUUUUUCCUAUCUAGCUCUCUGUUGUGCCAGUUGAUUUUGUGAAGUAGUGGAGCUAAGACCGUUGAAUUCAUGUGGUAAUGGUGACUCUGUUUGGAUUGUGUUAUGGACUCGUGUAUCGAACAGGGUGCUCAUAUGGAAAAUGGGAAGCAGUUGGUCCUCCAUGUCGAAAUCAUUGAAAUCUUAAACAUGGGGUAAGCCCAACGUGUGUGGCACCGUUCAUUGCACAAAAUCGGGUUUUGGAAGAGAUUUUAGUGAUUCUUAGUGGGGUACUCCUACAAGGUGAAGCUAAGCUGUCUCUAGUACAAGUAAAAUUUUCACCCGUUGAACGGUUUGGCUACUUGAGGAUGUGUUUUUAAGGGCACGGAUAGAGCUUCCGACCCCCCUUGAUUUCAUUGACCCUCCACACGAGUUGAGGAAAAGGAGUUAAAAGAAGUACUCUAGCGAGCGCUAGAUGUACAAAAAUUGCUCUUGCUCGACUAAUAAGGGUCGACCGUGCAAAAGACUGCAGUUGGAACCCCCGCCAAGUGAAUGAAGAAAAAAGAGAAAAAGAAAUGUAAAUGAAAGUGCAAAAAGGGGUUCCAACGGUGAAAUGAAGUGAAAGAGCACCCCGGUACAACGAGUCCUUGGUUGUGAAUGGUGUGAGUCCCUUUGUCCAUGAACUGACUGUCUUACUUCUACUUCUUCUCAUGUUCCUGGCUUGAGUCUAGUACUCGCAUUGAGAGAGAUAGGGGACGUCUUAGAAGACCAAUUGACCUCGUAAGCUGCUAUAUGAUCUAGGAAAUCUACUAUCGACAAUCGGGGUUGUUUGUUGCUAUAGAGGUCUGGAGAGCUGCAUUGGUUUAAGUUAGGUUUGCUUGGGGACAAGCAAACAGUUAAGUGUGGGGGGAUUUGAUGACUCGGUAUUUGCAAAUGUUUUCCCCUUUGUUUCUUGAUUGUUUGAGCUUGAAUUAUUGCGUAUUUGUCCUAUUUUAUGCUAGAUUGUGUUCCUUUGUCACAUUUCAGGUCCUAGCACAUAAAGUGAAGCAUAGGCGCAAGUUUCAAAUCAAUCAGAGAUCAAUUGACGAUUCGGGAGAAGAAACUCGGGCAUGUCCUGAAGAAUAAUGGAUUUCUACCUCAAUUUAUGGACAAAGAAUCAUGCAAUCUUGUCAUGAAAAGAAAGAGGACGAGACUACAAGCGUCUGGGAUCAAACGGGGACUGAUUCGGAGUCCGGACGAGGGAGAAACGAAGCAUUAAACAGAGGCUGAGCAAGCCACACGGGCAUCCUGGAACUCCACACGGCCGUUUGGGUCGUGGCCGUGUGGAAAUCACCGAGCCUUCACACGGGCAGCUGGGAUAGCCACACGGCCGUGUGGCCUGGCCGCGUGAUCGGGAAUUUCUGUUUAAAACUCGAUUUUCAGCCAAAGGAAAGGGGAGAGCUGGGUUUUGGUUCCCAAACACCCAAGGGACGAACCCUAGAGAGAGAGAGCGACUUGGGACAUUCUUGAAGCUAUUUUGGAGGAUUUCUUCACCAUUGGAGCUCGAGAAUCAAGCUUGGAGAUGGAGAUUGAAGAUCUAGAUCAGAUUUCUGCAGUCUCUCUCUUCUCUAUGGAGUAACUUCCCUUCACUUAGGUUUUGAGGAACCCUAGUUCCAUGUGUUAGGAUCUUUCUUGUAUGAAGUUUUGGAUGCUAUAUUGUUUGAUUAUAAUCGAUCGAGGCAUGAUUUAUUGAGUCAAUUGAAUCUUGAUCAAAUUCUCUUGAUUUCUGCUUUAACCUAUGAUAGAUGGAAUCUGAUUAGGUUAAGAGAGCUUCCUUGAUUGAUGGUGGUGAAUUGGUUAUACGAGAGUUAGUCAAUCUACUGCUUUGUACUAGAAUCCAAUUCCGGUAGUGGAGUUCUGUGUUCAUAGCCUCAGCUUUCUAUCCCGGUGAAGGUUAGUCGCCUGCCGAGUAGUUGGACUGAGAGGGCUUGGUCAGCUUAAGAGAUUCCAAGCUACUGUCGGAUCUUCCGCAGUUUAAUCAACAGUAGAUCAACUAAAGGUAAUUGCAACUUGGACCUAAUUGAGGUGCUAGGGGGAAUCAUACCUAAGUGAGUUCACAACUUGUAAUUAGUAGAGUAGUCAGUAGAGUAGUUUAUAAAUCAAUCCUUAAUCUAGUUUGCUAGAUAAUGAACUGAAGCUGAGUAAUAGUAACUCUAGAGACCCGUGGAUUCGAUAUUUAUUACUUGUGUCACUAUACUGUGGUCCCUUUGAUUGGUUACACUUGGCCAUUGUUAGGUGUUGUGUUUUAGCGUGUCAACAAGUGAAGCUGAGCAGAAGCAGUCUAGCAGACAGUGGGAGAAAGCGAAAGGCCACCAGCGCUGCCAGGCUAGUCCUGAUCCAAGUUAGUAGCUCCCUAAUCACAAUAAAUCCAUUCAUCCCACAACUCUGAUGGUUUUCUUGAUAAUCACAGUGAAAUUAUCCAGAUGUAACAAUAAAAUAAACUACUGAUGUUUUU